GUAGCUUCCUCCCGUCGCUGGACUCCGUAGCUUCCGCUUCCGGUCCGCAGAGAUCCGGAGUCUGAAUUCAGAGGCCCCAGUCUGUAGUCCCGGAAGAAUGAAGAUUUAAAUACGAGGACAUGGCUAAACAUCUGAAGUUCAUUGCCAGGACUGUGAUGGUUCAGGAGGGGAACGUGGAAGGUGCCUACCGGACCCUGAACAGAAUCCUCACCACUGAUGGGCUUACCGAAGUCAUAAAGCGACGACGCUACUAUGAGAAGCCUUGCCGCCGCCGCCAGCGGGAAAGCUAUGAAACAUGCCGGAGGAUCUACAACAUGGAAAUGGCUCGAAAGAUUAACUUCUUGAUGCGAAAGAACCGUGCAGACCCGUGGCUGGGCUGCUGAGGCUUGGGGCUAGGCACCCACACUAGUUCUAUGUCCAACUCCUUUCUUUAUCCAGCCAAGUUCUGUUAUUUUUCUCUAUAAUAAAAACUCCAUCACAGGUGAACAAGAA